AUGAUAACUGGAUCUUUUGAUGGAACUGUGAGCUUAUGGGAUCCUCGUGUCAAAGACCGUUGCGGAGUGUUGCUGGGCCACGAGGCAGAAAUAAGCAAUUGCCUAUAUAACUACGAUGGUACGCUGAUUGCUAGUUCAUCAAUGGAUAAAUCUGCUCGCAUUUGGGAGACGCGUACCAUGAAUUGUUUGGCAACGAUUUCUGGACAUCAGCACGAGGUGCUCAAUAUAGCCUUCGAUGGCAGAGGAAGACGCUUAGCAACUGCAAGUAGUGACUGCACUUCGAGAGUUUGGGAUGUCCAUGGAGAUUUUAGUUUACUAGCGGCAAUGACUGGUCAUACGGAUGAAGUGAACACGGUCUGCUUUAGCCCUCCAGGUGGAGUUUUGCUCACUGGAUCAAAAGAUAAUACUGCCAGACUAUGGGAUAGUGAAACAGGAGAGUGCAUUCAGGUACUAAGAGGACACAUGGAUGAAGUUUUCUCGUGCGCGUUCAACUAUAUGGGUGACACCAUAAUAACCGCUUCCAAAGAUAAUACUUGUUACUUAUGGAGUUGA